CCUAAGAUAUGAUUCAUGUUAAUAAAUUAUCUCUCUAUUAAUCAUUCACGACGUAGAUAUAAACAGGAGUGUAAUUACAGUUACUUGUCAGUACAGUUUUGGUAUUACACAGUUGUCGGGCGAACAAGCAUGAAGACCGUUGUAGCGUUGUGUCUUUUGGCUGUAUUUUGCACUGUCCAUGCAAAUCCUUUGGAUAUUCUGAGGCAAGGAGUAGAAAGAGCAAGAAACGAUGUACGUGAUACCAUAAAUAAGCUUGACCGUCUCCGCAGCAAUACCGUGCAGAAAACUGUCUCGGAGAGCGUGCAUUCCUUGUCGAAUCAAAAGAUGUUGUUAAUCAAGUUUAGCGAUACAAUGAUAAAAGCGAUAAAAAAUCAAACGGAAGCUGCUAAGGCAAAGAGCAAGAAUGCUCAGACUUGCUACGACAACGCUUUGAAUUUGUUUAAUGGCAUCAAAGCGACAGCGAUGCAGAAUGGCGAUCAAUGCGUCGAAACUGCUAAAACCUCUAUUAAGAACCAACUUGCCUUUAUUGACGAUUUGAUCUCUGUCGGACAACAGCACGUAGCGCGGUUGGACAGCAUAUUCCCGAACUGCUUUAGCGGCAAUAUUUUCCAAAUGCAGCAAUGCGUUGCUCUUCAAUUAGGACAGGCUAAUCAGCUUGUGAAGAACUGGUUCGCAGGAGCAAAUCGAGCAGAAUGGACUGCCGCGUCUGCGUCCAGAGAUAUCUCUCGGCAAAGUAAUAUCUGCAUAGCUAGUGUAUUCAAGCCCACAAACGAUCAGAUCACGGACGCUACUUACGCUGCCUAUGAAUGUAUCAAAAAUUUGUAAAAGCAUUUUUCUUUCGUCACAUUUUAUAUUGAUCGACCGCGAAGUUCGUCUUCGCUCCAAGUAUGCAUUCUUGUUAUUAUAUAUUUGAAUAUUUGAAUAUUUCGAUGAA